GUUGUCUGUGGUAAUACGUCAAGUAGAAAACGCAAAUCUGCAACUUCACACAUUAUCUUCAAACGUAAUGUUUACGGUUUAAUAAGUUUCUUGUUAAGAAGAAAUGGGAACAAGGGGAAAGGUCAGCACAGGACGCUUACAUGGAUUUUUUAAGUGAUCUUAACAGUAUUGCCGAUGAAAUAGAGCAAGAUGCUCACGACGGUGUAAUUUUAAACGUACAGGGUUUAACUUUACCAGUUGACGGCGUUCAGAGGGGUACCGCGGAUUUGUCUUGCAAUCCUGGAUACAAACUGGAUACAGGGAGUUUGUCAUGUAAGCCAUGUCCACCAGGGUUUUACUUGGAUUCUGAUACGGAAAACUGUGAGUUCUGUAAGAUAGGAGAAUAUAUGGACACUGAAGGAGCCAACCAAUUUCAUUUAUGUCCCGACGGCUACAGUACAUUGUCUACUGGCGCUAAAGACAUCAACAAGUGUUUAAAAUUAUGCAGCCCAGGCUACUUUUCCAGUGCAACCAUGGAGCCAUGUGCAGCUUGUACAAUCGGCACCUACCAAUCAGAACAAGGUAAAUCUACCUGCCACUCCUGCCCAGCUGGAAAAGCUACUAGUAAAACAAGCAGCAUCUCUGAAGAUGAUUGCAACUUCUUUGAUGUGUUCUUAAAUGGUUUACCUGAAAGGAUAGUAAUUGGUUCUUUUACAGCUGAUAAACCUUCGGUCCUGACAAUGUCUGUUUGGCUCAAGGUACAGGGCCAAAUAAAUGAAGAGGUUACAAUCUACAUUGCUGAUCCAGUCGGUGAUAUAGUAACUCUACGGGUAGCCAGUGAGAUCUCGAUACAAAUUGAAUCAGGUAACGUUGCUUUGACUAACAAAAGGUUGUCAACUAGCCACUGGACACAUAUCAAUUGUACUAUUGAUAUAGCAUCCGGUACCUUGCAAUUAUAUGUCGCAGGGGAAUUGGAGGUAGACGAGACGGGAAUUUCUAUUGAACCGUCACGCUCAAUGUCAGUUGGCAGCGUUGAAUUAGUUGCUGAUACGAAUGGAUUACAUGUGUCUGGAUUGGUUCUCUAUGGUCGCACACUUACGGAAGUUGAUAUUACGUCAUUAUCACAAACAUGCGCAGUAACACACAGUGAUGAAGUAUUUUCAAUGACAGAAAUUUUGCCAUAUGUUAAAGACGGCUUAACUAUUAUAACACCAACCUCAUGUGACCGUGAGUAGUCAAUAACAUUCUAGCAUA